AUGGACGAAGCUGACACGCAGGAAGACAUCCGCGUGCCCGACAUGUCCUCGGACCGAGUUGAAGGACCCGCUCAGCCGUUUGAUUUCGAGCGCUCUUUUGGCAUUGGCCGGUUCCUGGAAGAUGGAGACAUGUCGCAAUCUCAGAUAGAUGACCAGCUUGAGGCAGGUGUUAUCCCUGAGUCUUCAGAGGCAGGCAUGCCCGAUGACACCCAGGAUAUCACCCAGGACAUCACUCAGGACGUGACGCAGGAAGUGACGCAGGAAGUGACGCAGGAAGUGACGCAAGAUGCGACUCAAGAGGCUACCCAAGACGCCAAUGACUACGUUCACAAUGAAACAAUGAUCCUUCCCGAUACUCAGGAACUGCCAGCCUACCCCCAUGCCCUCGAUAUUCCCGAUACCCAGAUCAUGCCCAAUUCCAAUGAUCAGGCCGAUACACAAUCUGAUAAUCAUCACAGCCAAGAUAUUCCAGACACACAAAUUAUGCCCAACGAUCUCAGUACACCUGCUCCGAAAAGCCGACAAGACCCUACCAGCAUUCCAGACACUCAGGAGCUCACACAAACUCCCAGCUCCCCUGUAUCUUCCCCAGACCAGAACAGAAAUAACGAUGGCAAUAUCCCCGACACUCAGAUUAUGCCAUCUGAGACACCAAUGAGAUUUCCGUCUUCUCGAGCAGCCCGGCUCUCGCACACCUCUCAGGCCACAGACAACGACGGCUCCGGUAGAGGCUCUAGCCGUGGUAGACCCCAAAGUCGCAUAUCGUACCCUGGUGUUAUCCAAGAGACCCCUGAGUCGUUCGACUUCCAAGAGACCCAGGUUUUGGCCACACCUGCCGGAGCUGGAGUUGCGCGCAAGCCUGUAGUUAUGGAUGAUUGUUCGGAUGAGGAAGUGCUGGAAACUCCCUUGCGACCCUCGAAGGAAUCUGUUGUUCAAGUUCCCCAUAGUCAAGAUCCAAGCAUCCAGCCAAGGAGAUCUGCUCUGGGCAGACAUAGCCCCACACUUUCUCAAGGAAGCCCUCUGAUUGUGAGAAGAGCGAGGAUGUCAAGAAUGACUGUGGUUGAUGGGUCUGACGACGUGUCCAUGUCUGAUGAUGAAGUGGCCGAUUCGCAGCCUGAUAACGGGGGUGCUAAUGGCAGAAAACGGUCUUUCUCCGAGGAGAUGGCGGAUACGCAAGAGCUUGCCCCAGACAGCUCGAACAGCAAGCGUCACAGAUCGACGUUUGGAGACAGAUCCGCCUCCCCUAAUGAGGAAAAUUAUGUGCUACCAUCUCAAAGCUCUAAUGUCUCUCCCAGCACCAGUCACGAGAAGAUCCUGCGACGUCAUACACAGGCUCCUCAUGUGAAGGACGGGACUGUGAUCCCCGAGUCUAUCACAUCUACGCCGGAAACUGCUCAGACUGAGUACCUGACUAUGUUGGUGCGAUGGAAGAACAAGUGGUACCCUACUAGAGUAAUGUGUGAUGAGGAUGACACUGCGAAGUUGAUUUUUUGUUACGCUACCAAUAAUCCCAACGAGCUCGAGAUGAGUCCAUACUCAAGCAGCGGAAGCCCCUUUACCCCGCUAAUAUUUCUCCCUGAUACGGAAGUCACUGUCUUUAAGGGAUCAUCAAGGGGAAGAGCUGUCAUUGUCCGUGGUGUAACGGCCCCAGGCGAAGUGGCAGAUACAGUAGCCACGAUGGAUGGGUACACUUCGUUCGAGGUUCGGUUCUUGAAUCGUGGCGAGGUGGGAGUAGUUCAUUUGAGCCAGAUACAUUUGACGAAAAAGCAGUUUGAUUCUUUGAAGCUGCCAGAACGAUCUUUCCGAGCGGGAGUGUCUUUCGAAUUCCCAGACAACGUGAAGCUUACAAAGAUUGACCACGUUGAGGCAUCCAGUUCUUCAGCCCCCCAAUACCCUGAUACGCAAGUGGUCAUGUCGUCACCUGCUCCCCACUACUCAUCCCCUCCUCCUCCAAUGAGAUCUCCCAUCAAGAGAGUCUCCCCUACUCCCGUGCGAAAGCUUUCUCCCCCUCCUCGGAAGACUACUUCUGCUCGUCGACAAGAGACGCGACGUUCAACUUCGGUUUCAACUGCCAGCAAGCCCAACAACAGCCUAAGCAGGGAUCUUGGAUACCUACGGGAGCACUCUAUCAUCCUUCCUUCUCCCGCCCCUGCUCCUCCAGUGAGCAAGGCCGUAUUCGAAGGCUGCAUCUUUCUUGUGACGUCUACAGAGGACAAACCAAGUGAGCGUACACAACUCAUUAAUGCCAUCACUGCUGGAGGCGGCACCAUCCACGAGGAUUUCGUGUCCCUAUUUCAGUGGGAGAAUGGCGAGCCCACCAUUAACGGUAAGGCUCUCAGUAUGCGAUUUGGGUGUGUCAUCUCUAACUCUCACACUCGUACGCCUAAGUACUUGCAGGCUCUCUCUAUGGGGUGGCCCUGUCUCAACACUGCAUUUGUCAACGAUGUUCUUGGUGGCACAGCUAUUCUUAAUGAUUGGCCUGCCUACCUUUUGCCUCGUGGACAGGUAGACUUCGGUCUUUGUUGUAAUCAGGAUAUUGUGGAGUUCUCGAACAACUGGAACAAGAUCAACGCUCAGGGCGACCAGGCGUCUUCGAUCUUCUUGAAGAGGCACAGUCUUCUCAGUCUCUAUAAGUCUCGGAAGACGGUUCUCUCCGAUAUUCUUGCCACGUUUGUGAUCACUGGCAACGAUACACAUGAUCAGAACGUUCAAGUUUUAGUUCAUGGGCAAAACCCUAGUUACGUUGAAGCCGUCUUCAGCCGUGGGGAGCUUGAGGAUGCUCUCAGUGAAUUCACUAUCAAUGAGAGCGACUCGGCUGAGUCGCCUGCCAGCAGAACGGUUCUGAUCUUGAACCUACAGGCCAAUGCCCAAAACAUCAAGUUCGAGCAGGUGGUUCGGAACUUCAAGCAGCGUUUUCCCUGGGCUAACAUUGUGCUUGGUGAUAGAGAGUGGUUUAUUCAGUCUAUUGUCUCAGGUCGAUUGAGGCAGAUGAUUCAUCUCUAA